AUGUCUCAGCAAUCGAGUGAUGAAUCUCCCGUUUCAGACUCGGCAACACAGGAAGAGUCCUCUAACCCUAAUAGGAUUCUUAAGGUUGUCCCUUUAAGGAUAAUUAGUAGUGAUGAAGUAAAGGCCACAAAGCCUAAAACAACUCAUGAAAAAUGGCCCAAGGAUGGUAUUCACAACAAGGGUACCAAACCCUCUGCAUCUGCUACCAUGGAGGAACUUACUAAAGAAGGAUCCAAAUAUGUCGAUAGUGCAAUUACCAGGUUUAGUACUCGCAUUCUGAAGGAGAAUCAUCAAGUGCCUGGAAUAUCUAUUCCUCUUCAAACUAUAAUGGCUUAUCCCCUCAAAAACAGCAGUAAGGCUGAGGCUGUUCACACCGUUGAUAAUACUAAUCUGGUAGACUUAGAUGAGUACUCUGACAACGAAUUACUUACCUCCUUGAAUCCUAGUGUAGCUAACAGGCUAAUAACAAGAAGAAAAGGAAAAGUUGUUGUCCAAGGAUCUCCCAAAAGGAGCACUCAAGUGAAUAACCCUGCCAAAGACGCUGUCAGGAAGAAGAGUACUUAUGCAGGCCCUGGCAAGAGCAAAGUUGUAACCAAGAGUAAAGGAGUUGGUCCAUCAAAAUCUUGGAGCAAGAAGUAUGUUCUCCAAAAGAGAUUGGUUGUUAAAAGAGAAUUGGCUCCAAAUGCUCUUGAAAACGAGGAGGUCUUAGAGCUGACUCAAGAAGCUGGACUGCUAAAAAAAGUUUGCAAUCUUCCCAAAUAUUAUGAGAAGCUGGUCAAAGAAUUUGUGGUGAACCUAUCUGAAGAUUGUGGCAACAGCAGGAGUGUGGACUUCAGGAAAGUUUUUGUGAGAGGUAAGUGUGUCUCGUUCUCUCCAUCUGUGAUUAAUAAUUUCUUUGAAAGAAAAGAUGAAGCUCAACCUGAGCUUGAAGUAACAGACAACAAAGUUUGUCAAGUGAUCACAGCCAAGCAAGUAAAUAGUUGGCCUCUAAAAGAGAAGCUAACUGCAAGUAAGCUGAGCAUCAAGUAUGCGAUGCUUCACAAGAUAGGAGCAGCUAAUUGGGUGCCAAAAAAUCACAAGUCCACUAUUUCAACUAUACUUGGGAGAUUUAUAUAUGCUGUAGGGACAAAGGCAAAGUUUGAUUAUGGAGCAUAUAUUUUUUUCCAAACCAUGAAGCAUGCUGGAAGCUUCGGUAUUAAGGGUCCAAUUGCAUUUCCAUCUCUCCUGUGUGGUAUAAUUCUGGAUCAGUAUCCAAACAUUCUCAAUGAGCAUGAUGUAGUGUGCAAAAGAGAAAGUCCCUUGGCCUUCCAUUACAAACUGAUACGUACUCUGGAAAUGGAUGAGAAUGAGGAAUUUGCAGAUACUGAAAAGAUGGAAGAUAAAGAUGAACAAGAAUUGGAAGAAGAAAGUGCUAGUCCGGCUGAUGACUCUGAGAAAGAAAGUUCUUCAGACACCUUGAGUGGGUUUGAAUCUGGGCAGUAA